CUUAAGAUAUUUUCAAGAUAUUUUCAAGAUAUUUUCAAGAUUUUUUCCAGAUUUUUGCAAGAUUUUUUCAGGAUAAUUCAAACCAAUUGGAGAUAAAUCAAGCCUCUUGAGAAUAAUGCAGAGAAAUGGAGGAGUGGUAAAAUGAUGAAAAGUUGUAGAUAGCAAAGAAACUCUGGGAGAGAUAACAGAAAUAAUGGAACAGAAGCUUGAGGAAAGAAACGCCAGAGUUACCAAAUAUUCAAGAAAACCUUAAGGAAAUGUCUUGAUUUGAAAGAGAUAUUGAAUCACAGCACGAAGAGAAAAAGAAAUCAAGUGAAAAGGGUAAAGUAAUGGAAGAAGCCACUGGAAGGCAAGAGAAGAUGGAAAAUAAAGCCAAGAAGGGAGAACAGGAAGCAGCAGCAGCAGCAGCAGCAGUUUGGAAGGUUCCGGGGCAAGCAGCAGAAGAAUCAGAAGAGGAAGCAGAAGAUGGUGCGUGUGCUGGAUUUUGUGCAAAGAGAAAAGAAAAAGGUCAGAGCUCUGAGCAGCGCUUUUUACUUUACUCUUUGGCGCCAGGCUCAAACUCUAAUCCGCGCUGCCCUGUCGGAACAGGACUCCUCUGUCUGCUGUUCUGCGCACGGCUGUGCACAGCUGCGGCUGUUCUGUCUACACGCCGCCGGCGCGCUGCAGCUCUGCAGCCGAAAAGGCAAGUGGCACGAUCGGCUAGACUCUGGGCCCCGUGCGAAUGGGAGACCCAGCGUUCGUUUCUUUUUCGGCGGGCUGAUUGUGCAGAACAAUGUCCGGAUCUGCAAUCUCCGAGGGCUGCCGAAGGACUGCGCGUAUUCUUCCGGGCCCGUCUGUUGGAUUUGGUGGAAGUGGAGGUUUUGCUGCCUUUGCUGCCUUUGCAGUAGCUGGACUAUUGGAAGUCGUCUGUUCUGCUCCACAGUUCUUAUUUGCCUGUGGCCCACUCAGACACGUCCUACGACUUGUCUCUGGUUAGUGCCUGUUGUCGAUUGCUCAAUGCCCUUUCCAAACUGCAGAUCUAACCUGCUCCUCGUUAAAUGAAUGGAUAUACGCAUAACAUCUCAGCUGUAAUGUGAAUUCUCCUUUAUUGUUCAGAACA